CAUGAAUGAUUUGUGUUUCCUCUGCAGGUAGAAAGUGUGUGUGAGCUGACGUCAAUUCAGCAGCAUGGAUCAGUGUGAGGACAGAGAGGAGGGAGCCCCUCCCUCUAAAAGCACUCUGUGUGGGGAACAUGAGAGCCAGACCAAAGCUCAGAGGGACCAGCCUGGACCUCCACCCAGCUGUGCGUCCUGUAAGAGUGACUCAUCUAAUGAUCGCUACAUUCAUUUUAAAGUCAAGCAGGCGUCUGCUGCAGAGAGAGUGGACCAGCAGAGCUCAGAGGUUCCCAGCGGUCAGUCUGCCCAGCAGCAUCAAACACACCUGGACUCCAUAUUUAUGCUGCUGGAGGACAACAUCAUCACUUUUGUGAAGAAAGAGCUGAAGAAGAUCCAGAAGGUUCUGAGUCCAGAUUACCCAGAAUGCUUAGAGGGUCAGAGAGAGGAUGAUAAGCAGGGGAGGAGCAACAGAGAGGACUUUGUGAAGAUCACACUGGACUUCCUGAGGAGAAUGAAACAGGAGGAGCUGGCUUAUCGCCUGCAGAACAAACUCUAUGGUGCAGUUUGUCAACAUAAUCUUAAGUCUGUCUUGAAGAAAAACUUUCAGUAUGUCUUUGAGGGGAUUGCUAAAGCAGGAAACUCAACCCUUCUGAAUCAGAUCUACACAGAGCUCUACAUAACAGAGGGAGGGACUGCAGAGGUCAAUGAUGAACAUGAGGUCAGACAGAUUGAAACAGCAUCCAGGAAACCAGACAAUCUAGAGUGUACAAUCAGACAAGAAGACAUCUUUAAAGCCUCACCUGGAAGAGAUGAACCAAUCAGAACAGUGCUGACAAAAGGAUGGGCUGGCAUUGGGAAAACAGUCUUAACAAAGAAAUACACCCUGGACUGGGCUGAAGACAAAGCCAACCAGGACAUCCAGUUCAUAUUUCCAUUCACUUUCAGAGAGCUGAAUGUGCUGAAAGAGGAAAAGUUCAGCUUGGUGGAACUUGUUCAUCGCUUCUUUACUGAAACCAAAGAAGCAGAAAGCUGCAGGUUUGAAGACUUCCAGGUUGUGUUCAUCUUUGAUGGUCUGGAUGAGUGUCGACUUCCUCUGGACUUCCACAAAACUACAAUCCUAACUGACCCUAGAAAGUCCACCUCAGUGGAUGUGCUGCUGAUAAACCUCAUCAGGGGGAAACUGCUUCCCUCUGCUCGACUCUGGAUAACCACACGACCUGCAGCAGCCAAUCAGAUCCCUCCUGA